ACCGAUUGAUCACCCCUAAAGUCUGGGUCAAACGAAUUUUGUAUCUCAUAUUAAUGCAGAUCUCACAGGCAUUUCAGAGCGGAAUUAAGCCGCCGAUACACAUCAUUCUCGAUGCAUUGCGGAGCUUUUAACGAGUAGCAUGUAUUGCGUUAGUCAAAAAUCACCGCCCCUCCACCCCCAUGCUUUUUACUCCUCCCGUUACGAUCGGCAAAUUUCGGGGGUGGGUUCUGAUUAUUCUGGAUCGAACGGGGACGGUACUUGUUCAAGGCAUAUGGCAUCAGAAGCAAUCGAUAUUAACAGUGCUUGGUAUUUAUUAUUCGAUCAUCUGUUCUGACC